AUGAGCACCUCAUCUCCAUACUCCAGCCGAGUAACUAAACGCAAAGACGGACGAACAAAACCUACCAGCGACUGGGAAACCAACUGGCUCAUCACAAUAUCCGCCGACUUCAGCAAGCUUCCCGACGCCUCUCGGGCCCGCCACCACGACGGCUGGCAAACCAUGACCAGUCCCGUAUCCGAAGUGAUGGAGGAUGCGCCUCCAUCUCACAUCCCCACGCCGCCACCUUCAUCGACGAUGUCCACGGCACACGAUGUCGAGAUGGAAACCAUCAUGAGGGCUAGGCUGGGCGUGCCGUAUCCAGAGCUGUUGUUGCCGAUUCCGACUCUGGAGCUUGACUUUCGGUUGGCUGUCAAGUUGAGGAAGGCCCGGUGUAUGGUUAACUCAGGCGACGGAGCUGCGAAGGAGUUAACCGUUGUGGAGAGUGGAACAUGGGCUGGAUCAUUUGGCAAGGGGGUUGUUAGAGUCGGCGGGCACGAUUUACAACCUUCACAGCUAGCUGAGAAGACGAGGGCGAGACUCGACACCGCUUUUGAGCUUGUCACGGACGACGAGCCACCUGCGAAGUUGGAGUUGCGAACGCGGGGCUACAUCUCCUAUCUUCCCGGCGCCCUAGAGACUAUCCUUCAAGGCAACAUCGACGACACGAAGAGCUACACUUUCCGCAUGGUCAUGUCACUUCGGACGCAGGAUCCGAGAUAUGCCGAGACUGUAAACCUGGGACUAUGGAUCGGAUCUGGAGUAUGGAAGGACGAUGAGCUGAUAUUGGAGUGA